CGUUCGCCGCUGAGGACCCUGUCCGGAUGGACGGCUGAGCCACUCUCCUCUCCGUCCUCUCUUUCGGCUGCCGCACGAAAACAGGAAACCCCAAAAAAUACAAAUUAUAUUAAGAAAAAUAAAGCACAUCUCCAGCAACGACAUCUAUCGCCUCAUCUCGAGAACGCGAAAGCCUCCGGCCGUGGGCGCCGACCGACCAGGUGAAGGAUGAUGAUGAACUUCAGGGACUGGAUCUCAUACCGGCUCGGGUCGUCGCUGCUGUCGGCGAGGCCGUUCGCCAUCUCCGGGUCCGACGCCGGCGCCUCCCAGGGCGAUGGGGAAGGUACAACACAAAGUGAGUUUGUAGAAACCGUAUCCGCCAACAGAUUUCUUUCCAAUGAUAGCCGUGCACUAGAGGUCACAUCCAACCCACAGGAUGCUGUUUCCUCUGGUCUUCUUCAGCCAGAUCAUGAUCACAACAAGUCAGAUCCACUAAAGCAAGUUGAGGCACUUCAAAUUAAGUUUUUGCGGUUGGUACACAGGACCGGAGUGCCUCCCAGUACCAAUGUAGUUGCACAGGUACUGUACAGACUGCAGCUUGCCAACUUGAUCAAGGCUGGUGAAUCAGAUGCGAAGAGAACUAACCUUGCUAUCAACAAAGCCAGAGUUAUAGCAGCAGAACAAGAAGCACCCGGUGGACCUGAUUUGGACCUCCCCUUGCGAAUUCUUCUUCUGGGAAAGACUGGUGUGGGAAAGAGCGCCACAAUAAACUCCAUGUUUGAUGAAACAAAGGUUGCUACUAAUGCACUUGUUCCUGGUACUAGUAGGAUAAAGAGGGUUCAUGGAAAUAUUAAAGGAGUAAGAGUUACAGUUAUCGACACACCUGGUCUGGUACCUCAUCACCAUAGCCAAUGGAGGAACAGGAAGAUUUUGCAUGCUGUCAAGCGUUUCAUUAAAAGAAACCCGCCUGAUAUCGUCCUGUACUUCGAGCGGCUUGACCAUAUUAACAGCAGAUGCAGUGACUACCCUCUGUUGAAGCUUAUAACUGAUACCUUGGGUUCUUCGAUAUGGUUCAACACUGUCCUUGUAAUGACUCACUGUUCCUCAUCUCCUCCUGAAGGACCAGAUGGUCAUCCUUUGGAAUAUGACGCGUACACCCGUUACUGUAAGAAUGUCGUGGAGCGUCAUAUCCAGCUAGCAGCUUCUAACACACAGCUGGAGAACCCUAUUGUUCUGGUUGACAAUCAUCUAAUGUGCAGACGGAAUACCAGGGGUGAAAGAGUUUUGCCAAAUGGGCAGGUAUGGGUAUCAGAACUUCUUUUGCUGUGUGGGGCGACCAAGUUGUUAGCAGAAGCAAAUUCCUUACUAAAGUUCGAAGAUAGUUUUCUGCUGUCACAAGCAAAUGCCAGGCUGCCUUCACUCCCUCAUCUUCUUUCGUCACUCCUUAAACCUUCUGCGUCAUUGAGUUCUGAGGGUGCUGACAAUGAGAUGACUGAGCUAUCAGAUGAGGAGGAUGAAUAUGAUCAGCUACCACCUUUCCGUGUUCUAAAAAGAUCUGAAUAUGAAAAGUUGACCAAAGAACAGAGAACUGCAUAUCUUGAUGAACUGGACUACCGUGAGACUUCAUACCUCAAACAGCAGUGGAAGGAGGGAAUCCGGAGCCAAAAGCUUGCUGAAGCUCAAAACACCGAAGCAUCAUCUGCAGUUGCUGAUGAUUAUGAAGAGAGCACAUCCCCAGUUGUGCACAUAUCAGAUAUGGAAAUCCCAUUAAGUUUUGACUCUGAUUAUCCAGCACACCGCUACCGUCACCUUAUAACUAAUGAUCAGUUGUUUAGACCAGUUUUGGAUCCCCAAGGAUGGGACCAUGAUAUUGGGUUCGAUGGUAUCAAUUUCGAAUCAUGUCAUGACUUGAAAAAGAACAUAUCAACAUCUAUUGCUGGACAGAUGAGGAAGGACAAAGAAGACAUGUAUAUCCAGUCGGAAUGUUCAGUAAGCUAUAGUGAUCAAAGGCGCUACUCAUUGAUGGGGGGCAUGGAUAUGCAAACAGCGAGUAAGGAUUUGGUUUUUACUGUUCAUGGGGAUGCCAGGUUCCAAAAUCUGCCUUGGAACACCACCGGAGGAGGUAUUUCUGUUACUAAAUUCGGGUCAAAGUAUUUUUCUGGGGCCAAAUUAGAAGACUCCAUCACCAUUGGGAAACGAGUCCACUUGGUAGCCAAUGCCGGGAGGAUGGUUGGUGGUGGACAAGUGGCAGAUGGAGGUGGCCUGGAAGUAACAGUAAGGGGGAAAGACUACCCUGUGAGAGAAGGGAGCACCAGCAUGGCGGCCACUGCUCUGACGUUCGAGAAAGAGACUGUAAUCGGGGCGAAUCUUCAGUCUGUCUUCCGAGUGGGCCGUGGGUCAAAAUUAUCGGUCAGCGCAAACGUAAACAGCAGAAAUCUAGGCCGGCUCUGUGUCAAGAUCAGCACGUCAGACCAUGUGGAAAUAGCUCUGAUCGUGGCCGUAUCACUGGUCCAGUUCUUGCUAAGGAGAAGAUUGCUGCCGACUGGCAAAGGCCACCAACAGCUUGACACCGACUUAGAUGAGUAAUAAGUUAACAGAUAGACGGAAGAGCAGACAACCAUUUCAUGAUGUAAACGUUCAGCAGUUGGGAGUCGUACCUGGUCAAGCUUACUGUACCCGCCGCUAAUGUGGGGUUCCUAAUUGUACAGAUUUCCUAAAUCUAUGUCUGAUUUUAUUUUGAAACAAGGCAAAAGACUUCCAUUUUUAUUGAUUAA